AUGGUACUGUCGCUGAAAAUACUAAUGUUUUCACCGGCUAUUGGUCACAGUCAUUUGCAGUUCGUUGGAAAACUUGCUGAUAUUCUUGUUCUUGGUGGACAUUAUGUGCACGUAAUCAUAUCGGAAUGGGAUCCGGCUCUAACAAGUAAUGGGACAAAAUAUGCUCAACGUGUUACACGGCUGAAGUCUUCAAAACCAUCACAAUACGCCAAAAUGCGCUUCCGUGUUGAUCCUUUUGCUGACCCACUGUUGAACGAAAGUUCUAUAUUUAUAUCAGUUGCUAAUCAAUUUUGCGAAGGUAUCUAA